AAAUUCUUGUUGUACUUUAAUCAAUAGUUUAACACUAGAAAAUUGGAAGAGCAUCCUAACGAUGGCAGAAAAUUAUGAUAUUUAAUGGUGAUAAAAACUUGUCCAUGGUAUGUGGAAGUGUCUUUACACUGAAAAAGUAUUUGCUCAAAGUCAUUGAAUUUGAAAGUGUUUGGCCUCUGAAAGGUGGAAAUUGUGAUUUUGGGCAACAAGUUGCCUGGUGAGUGGUGACUGCUUUGAAGCGAGUAGGAUAGAGUGAUAGAGAAAAGUGAGAGGAAAAAUGAGUUAAGCAAGAUGGGAAGCAAGAGCAAUGGUCAACGUUCUAAUGAUACUGUCAUUCGCCUCCCUGAUGUUGAUUUCUCCCGAAGUGUACGCUCCUUUGAAAACAACAACAAGAAGAAAAAAGACUCACAAGUUUUCAGGGAUGCAACGAUCAGCGUGCCAAGUCAGAGAAAUGGUUUUCCGCAACAACACUCUGCCACUGAAGACCAUCAUCGCCCCUCCUACAAAACCCUAGAGUCCUUUAACAACCGUCGAUCAGGCUCACAAGAUUUCACCAAGACAAGGACCAAGAGUUUCGGAAUUGGAAAGUCCUUUAACAACGAUGGAUCAGGCUCACAAGAUUUCACCAAGACAACGACCGAGACUAUAGUAAUUGAAGAGUCCUUUAACAACGGUGGAUCAGGUUCACAAGUUUUCAAGAAUGCAAUCAUUCGCUGUGUCCACCGCACCUCCGGAAUUCUUGAUUUCUUCAACCACGCUGGCAACUGGGCUGCAAAUCUUUUACAAAAGCUUGUCACCCUACUCACCGGCCGCCCCGGAAUUCAUCACUCCUUCAACUGCCCCACCGGAUCCCAAGAUUUUGAGGGUGCCCACAUUAUUGUUUAAGGGUGAUUUACAUCAUGAGAUUGAGGAUGUUGUCGAUGAGUCCUAGUACUUGCUGUUGGGAUUAUCUUCGUUUGUCAUGCUUUGAGAUGAUUAUUAGUUUUCUUGUAAUAGACUCUAUUGAAUUUUCGGUUGGUUUUGUUUUGUUGAAAAUGUGAUACUUUUUAUGUUGAACACGUUGGAUUUUAUUUAUGAAAAACCUUUCUGUUUAGUUUUAA